CACAACCCUCUGAGCUAGCUAGCACUAGCACACACCCACUGCACGGCCUAGCUAGCUAAGCGAUCGUUCUCGAUCGAUCGAGAUCGAUCAAGGGCGCAGCUAGCUAGCUAGCGCAAAACAAACCAACAAGAACACAGCCUGCAAAGAUUGAUCGAUGAUGGCAGCAGCUUGGAAGAAUAAGCAUGCUGCACUAAUCAUCACCGUGCUCGCGUUCCUCGCACCCAUGGCGUGCCAUGGCGGCGGCCUCAUCAAUUUCACUCUCCUCUGCUCGGGAGGGUGGGUUCGCCCAAUAACAGUCAGCCUCCCGCCGUUAGUGACCAUCACGAUCGGCUGUCCUAAUAAUGGCCCCAGCGAGGACCCCUAUGUGCCUCCAAGUCCCAAUCCCAACAACGAGCCUGCUCCUCCCUCAGGAGCAGGGCUCUACUUGGACUACUACAAUUACUCGUGCCCUAACGCCGAGACCAUCGUCAGGGAGGUUGUGGAGGACGAGAUCGCGAAACAGGGCCGUGGCAUCGGCGCCGGCCUCAUUCGUCUCCACUUCCACGACUGCUUUGUUCAGGGAUGCGAUGCUUCCGUUCUCCUGAACACGACCGCAUCAGGGAACAGCGACACGGAGAGGGAAGGCGGAGCCAACAAGAACAGCCUGCGCGGCUUGGACGUGAUCGACAAAGCCAAGGCCGCGCUGGAGAAGGCCUGCCCCAGCACGGCGGUCUCCUGCGCCGACAUCCUCGCCUUCGCCGCGCGCGACGCCGCGCGCAACCUCAGCGGCGGCAAGAUCGAGUACAAGACGCCGGCCGGUCGCUGGGACGGGCGCGAGUCCUCCGCCGACGAGACAGGCACGCUGCCGGGGCCCUUCUCCCCCCUCGACACUCUCGUGGCCAAAUUCGCCGACCAGGGGCUCAACCGGACCGACCUGGUGCUUCUCUCCGCCGCUCACUCCAUCGGCCGCGCCCGCUGCAUCUUCAGAUCCAGCCGCCCGGGCAUGAACCAGACCCUCGUCGAUGACCUUAACGGGCAGUGCAAGAGUAACACCAGCAGUGUGAACCAAGACUACAAGACCCCUGACGUCCUGGACAGCCAGUACUACCAGAACGUGUUCGACAACGACGCGCUCUUCGACUCGGACGCUGCGCUUACCAGCUCCAUUUACACCAAAGCACUGGUGGAAACCUACAGGACUAACUUGAUGAACCAGUUCGAGAAGGACUUUGGGGAAGCCAUGGUGAAGAUGGGCAAAAUCAAGACUAAGACGAAAGGCGACAAGGACGUCGAGAUAAGGAAGCAAUGCUGGACUUACAACGCGCCUCCUAACUACUGAUCCAUCGAUCAGCCGCUUUCUUUUGCCUCUGCAUCCGUCUCGAUCCAAGCAUGGUUUUUUUCGCAUGCAUAUAUAUUAUUAUUAAUUAAUUGUAUUACUGUUACUGCAACUGUAUGGCAGGGCGAUUCGUUUGAAUCAUACAGUACUAAUAUCCCAGUGUGUUUCAUUAUUUCUCUUUGUCUUGAGUUGUUGACACGGUAGUGUGAAUAAUACAGUACAAAAUUCUUGCUGCGGA